CCCGCCUCGGCUGCAGCAGGUCGGGCAGCCGCAGCGGGCGAGGCAAGCGUGACCCGGGAUGCAGGGACGGGCGGCGGGCGAUGGCGGAGACCAAAGUGUGUUCCAGGGCUGCAGGCCCGCGGCCCCCCCCUCCGAUGGGUCGGAGUGGGAACGACGACGCCGUCGUCGUCGACGACGACGACGACGACCUCCCGCUCCCGGAAGCACUGCAACACCACGCCGAGCCCACAGGGGGACGACGAGGACGACGGCGGCGAAGAGGGCUCCACAGCAGCACCAUCCCACACCCACAGGGGAGGGGAGGAUGAAUGGGCGGAGCGAGUGGGCGAGAAGGCACCAGACUCAGAGCUGCUCCACCCUCGGCGCGGCCCACUGGGACGGGUUACUUGCCGGCCUGGAAGCCCCUGAGCGCCGCGUCGAUCUUCGGCCUGGCCGGCCAGUUGUACUUUCUGUAGAGGUCGCGCUGGGGCACGGUGACCAGCUUCUGCCCGUCCGCGGAGAUGCUGACCUGACCGGGGCCCCCGACGCACUUUGACUCCACCAUGGCACCUGUGCCGAAUAUCUCCUUGAUGAAGCGGGUGGCGGCAUCACGCUCCUGGCCGCCACCGUCUCAGCUGGAAGUGUACUCGACCAGAAAGCGGGUGGUCUUGGGAUCUGCGGUCUUGGCCGCGUCCUCCUCGACCCUGGUCUCCGCUGGGGCGGCUUUCUUGCUCUCGGCCAUGGCCUGGGCGGAGGAGGAGCUCCCCAUCUACUCCGCGGCUGGCACUGAAGGCGCUUGACCCGAGACGGUUACCACGGUCGACGGUCACGAGCACCACAACUGCAUC